GAUGACAAGCCGGCCUUGUGUACAAUUGGCAUUUUGUUAUAUUUCGUGAACUCUAUUAAAUUCAAAAUUAUGCGUAUUUUGGUACUUUAUGGCAGCCAAACUGGCACUGCACAGGAUGUGGCUGAACAGAUAUGGCGAGAAUCGCGUCAGUGGGGCUUUGAGGGACCCGUGCUCUCUCUGGAGAAUUACAACAUUCAGCAGCUGAUAGAGGAGCGCCUCGUGGUGUUUGUGGUGGCCACCACCGGUGAUGGCAUGGAGCCCGACAACAUGAAGCAAGCCUGGCGUUUUCUCUUGAAGCGCAGCUUGCCGAGCAAUUCGUUGGAUGGCAUGCAGUUUGCCUGCCUUGGACUCGGUGAUUCAAGCUACUCCAAGUUCAACUAUGCAGCUAAAAAAUUGCAUAAACGUUUGUUAAAUCUGGGUGCUAAAUCCAUAUGUCCGCUUGGUCUUUGUGAUGAUCAGCAUGACUAUGGAUACUUGGGUACAUCACUAGCCUGGACAGCGGAGCUGUGGCAAACACUAAGCAGUACAUUGGCAAUGCGAAAACAAACGGAUCUUGCGGAUGUGAAGACGUUUAAUGUGCGUGUGCUGGAGCAGGAAACAACUUUGAAUGAGGAGCGUCUGCAAUGGACGCAGCGACAGACACCGCAUAUUUUUAAAUUAUAUGAAAACGUGCGCACAACAGCUGAAGAUCAUUUUCAGGAUGUGCAUUUUCUGCAACUCAGUGGCAACAAUUGUGAGACGAUAACCUGGCAGCCAGGAGAUGUGCUUGAGGUGCAACCACAGAAUAGCUCUGAAAGUAUCCAAGAACUCUUUGACUUGCUAAAGGAACACAAUUUGGAAUUCAAUGCCAGCACAGUGGUUGAAGUGAGCAGCGCUCACAAGGAUUUGCCGCUGCCUUUGCCUUAUGCUGAACCCAUUUCACUGCAGCAGGCAGCUCAGUAUAUUUGGGACCUAACUGCCAAGCCACGUCAACGAUUCCUUGAGGUUUUGUCCCUCAACUGUGAGGAUGAACUGGAGCGCGAAAAACUCUUGGAAUUCUGCACAGCCGAAGGAUUGGAUGACCUGAUUGCUUACGUAAAUAGACCACGUCGCACGAUACUGGAGCUGUUGCAGGAUUUCAGACAUGCCACGGCCAAGUUGACACUAUCGCAGCUGUUUGAAAUGAUGCCACGUAUACAAACUCGCAGUUUCUCCAUUGCUUCCGAUGUCUCUACUGGCACACUCGAUUUGCUUGUGGCUGUGGUGAAUUACAAGACCAUAAUGCAUACGCCACGUUUGGGAUUAUGCUCAAAUUGGCUGAAACACUUGGAAUCUGGUGUGGAGCUACGGGCUGCAGUCAAAACGGGUACCAUGAGCUGGCCACAAGAUCCCGGCACACCAUUAAUUAUGAUUGGACCCGGCACAGGCAUCGCUCCCUUUCGCAGCAUCAUUCAGAAUCGCCUGCAAUUGCAAAAAGCUGGAGUCGACAUUGGAGCACUCGUUGUCUUCUUUGGUUGUCGCAACCGGAACAAGGAUUAUCAUUUUGAACAGGACUUUAAGGCGUGGCAAGACAGCCAAAGUGUUGAGGUGCAUGUUGCCUUCUCACGUGACCAAGAGAACAAGGUGUAUGUGCAGGAUCUAAUCAAGCAGCGGGCUUCCCAUCUGGCCAAUCUCAUUAGGGAACAAAAUGCAUAUGUCUACGUGGCGGGCAGCUCCAACAACAUGCCAAAGGCAGUAAGGGAAGCAUUUAUCGAGGCGCUUGACAAUGAUGCUAUUUAUUUGGAUCAACUGAUAAAACAGCGACGCUAUCAAGAGGAAACGUGGGCCUAAAACUAAGCUAACGACAACAAGAGUGUUUACUCAUGCCACUAGUUAAUAAAUUUGUAGUUCUUAGUUUCUAAUUGUUGCACGGUUUUUAUAAAUACAUCACCUAACAUUACUAGUUGUA